GUUUCCCGCGAUGGCUCCAAGCAGCGACACUAGAAGAGCUAUAGACACGUAACUUUACGUCUUGCAAGGUGCACCCGGUGUGCUUUGAUACUGCUCGCGUCGCUCUGUUCUUUACCUUUUCUUUUCUCUCAUUGUUUUUUUCUUUUUUUGCGGAGCGGCCGAAUCCUCUGGGUCAAUGUCAAGCGAGACAUGGAACGCCAUCAGGCCGAUUUUCUGCCACCAUUGCCUGAUCCAGCAUGGUCAAACAGAAAAAGUGAAAAUAACGGACCAGCUAACUAGUUACCCGGCAAGGAAACCUUCCAAUGCCACCUCGUUCAUCCUCGGUGGCAGAGCCGCCGGCCCCUGACUCUAUGCUGCCUCCAGCUCAGCUUGCUGUGCUCUGGUAGCAAGAGUUUUCACCUCGUUACAAAUCAUUUUUUUUCCGCGCCCCUGUGCAUACACCUGUUUAUGUUAUUCUUCAUGUCACGGCUGCCACGGCCCCAUGGUUGCUGUGCUCUAAAAUAAACUUAAUACUUAAACUUUCACCCCUUCGUUCUUGAUGAACCCGACAUACUCAGCCUCGUCGCAUCCCAAGAAUGAUCCUUGGCCCACGUCUGGGGAUCAAAUCCCUUAUUCUCUAUGUCUCGAUAUUUUUAUUAUGCAUCGGCGGUUUGUACUCAUGGAUAACCACUUCUACCCAACAAUAUGUCGGCGAAGCCCUCCAGGACAUGGAAGCCGACCGCGCUCGCCAAAAGACGAACAGUAACGGCCAAAGUGGGUUAACAGCGCAGAAAGCCGGCGAGCUCUGCGGCCUCUACAACUGGCCAGUCUAUAAGAGGGGACAACAGAGCCGCAAGGGCGAUCAGAACACCCGGCCUCCGGCUCGAAAAGUUUAUGACAUCUUUCUCCUCAACACCGAACUUGACUGGCUCGAAAUCCGCCUAAACGAACUGAACGACCAUGUCGACUACUUCAUAAUCGUCGAAGCCAACACAACCUUCACCGGCCGCCCAAAGCCCACCCUCCUCACUGACACAAAUAUCUGGGCCAAAUUCUCCCGCUUCCACGAUAAAAUAAUCCACCAUCUCGUGGAAGGAGACGGCGAAAACGUACGCAAGGCUUUCGACCGCGAGAAAUUCCAACGAGACUCCGGCUUCACCCAGGUUUUCCCAACCCUCGGCCAACCUAGCGCGAAGAAUCCCGUUGCCGCCAAACCCGCGGCCGCACCGCAGCUCGACGACGUCAUUAUCAUCUCCGACAUCGACGAGAUCCCCCGCCCAGCCACUGUUACCUUGCUCCGCACCUGCAGCUUCCCCCGCCGUAUCAACUUGCGUAGCAGGUUCUACUACUACAGUUUCCAAUGGCUGCACAAGGGGCCGGACUGGGCGCACCCACAAGCGACAUAUUAUGAAGGCUAUGAAGAGACGAUAAAGCCAGACGACCUGCGCAUGGGGCGCGGGAGGUCGGUCGUGCAAAAUAUGUUCGGCCCCAUGGCAGACCUAUUCAAUGCGUCAUGGCAUUGUAGCUCGUGCUUUGCGACUGUGAAGGAGAUGCAGACUAAGAUUGUGAGUUUCUCGCAUACGGAGUAUAAUCGUCCUGAGUUUACGAACAAGGAGCAUAUUGUCGAGGUGGUGAGGACGGGGAAGGAUUUGUUUAAUAGGCCUAGUCAGGUUUAUGAGAGGGUCGAGGCGAACCGGGAUGUACCCGCAUAUCUGAAAGGAAAGGCUGAGAAGGAGAGGUUUAGAUAUAUGUUGGAUAGGGACGGGAAGGAUGGGGGCUUUGUGGAUUAUUGAUUCUUGACGGGGAAAUUUUGGAUGAUGAUUAGGAUUGUUAUUUUGGAUCAUGUCCUUUUUUUUUCACCUGUGUCAUAUCUUUUUCUUAAUGGUUGUUCUUUUAGACACAUAGUUUGCUUGGGUUGCACAUACACACAUAUAUAUAAGAGCCGAAGAAGAAGGCUUUAAUCUAGUAUGGACCAAUAUGACGGUUAUGAUAUUUUUCG